AUGAUAUUUCAAAAGAAUAUCAUUCAGCUCAACCUUAUGAACAUUGUAAAAGUUCGUCAAGAAAUUCUUGAAAAUUUAGCAUUUUCUGAGAAAGAAACAGAUAUUUAUAAGGUCUUUCAGACAGGUGAUUUAGAAAAUCUUUCAGGUCUUGAGGAAGAUGAACGUAAGAAGCUGUCUUCAUUAAUAAAAUUAAGAGAUGCCCUGUAUUCCAAUGAAUUUCGUUGCUUUAUUUCUAAAGUAACAGGUUGUGGUUAUUUAUCAGGCAAAAUGAUUGAUAUAUCAGUUAAUAUAUAUGGCCAAGGCGGACAUUUGCUUAAUCAUGAUGAUGUUAUUGGUACUCGUGAAGUUUCAUUUAUUCUUUAUCUAGUAGAUCCAGAUGAAGCAUGGUUACCAUCAUAUGGAGGUGCAUUAAGAUUAUAUCCUACGGUUCGACCUUCUUUUCCUGAUUGUGAUUAUGAAAAGGCAAUUUUUCCUGUAUGGAAUCAACUUUGUUUUUUUCAGGUCCAACCAGGGCGUUCAUUUCAUGAUGUGGAAGAAGUUUAUCAGGAAAAUAAAUGGAGACUUUCUAUUUCUGGUUGGUUUCAUAGGCCUCAGCCUGGAGAAGAAGGAUGGCAAGAACCUAAAAUAUCGAGUGAAAAUGUAUUAAGUACUCUACAAAUUCUUCAUUCAGAUAUACAGAAUUAUGAUGAGCCUCGUAUGGAGCCUAAAAUUUGUUCAAUUACUUUUAAUGAUGAAUUUAAUGAAUUUUUAAAAGAUCAUUUGUCAUAUUUAAAGGAUUGGAUAAAUCCCGAAUAUCUUAAUUAUGAAAAAAUGAUGCAGCUAAGAGAAACGUUUUUAGAUUAUUCAGUUCUUGAAUUACCUAAUUUUCUUGAAUCUACACUUUCUAAUCAUAUAAAAAACUGGAUUCUUGAUAUAGAAAAAUCAAGUUCGAUUCAAACAUUAUUAGAUAUUUCUCCUCCUUGGAAACUUGCAAAACCUCUUCAUAAGCAUCGUUAUUUAUAUAUUGAUUCACCUGAUUCUUCUUUUGAUUCCCCUUUAAUUUCUCUUUUACAAAAUCUUUUUAAUCAUCCUUCUUUUCAUCAAUGGAUUCAUUUUUGUACUACUUUAAUUCCUUCUACUUUCUCAGCAUUAAUUCGGCGUUUUCGUCCUGGUCUUGAUUACACUCUUGCAAUCCCACACACCUCUUUAUCACCUAUUCUUGAUCUUAUUCUUUCUUUAACACCAUCUGGACAUUGGGAUCAUGGAAAAAAUGGUGGUUAUCAUCUUUAUAUGACUCCUCCUACGCCUAUACAUUCUAUUUUAUUCAAUUCUAACCCUUCAUGGAACACUUUUCAUUUUAUUUUAAGAGAUUCUGGAGUUCUUCAUUUUAUCAAAUAUCUUUCUCUUUAUUCUCAGGCCUCUCGCUGGGAUAUUCUCUCUCAUUUCUAUUUUUCUGAUUCAUAA